AUGCCUGGUUGCGGCCAGCAGUGGGGGCCAUCGAGCUCUCCCAGAGGAUUCUAUCAGGCUGUGCCGCUGUCGGCUCACAUCCCCAGUAUUUUCCAUGUGGCUCCGUUUGUUGUGCCACCCCACCACCCCACCCCUCCCCAGAUCUAUCUCUACCCUCGUCCCCCUGUGGGCUACGCCUGGUUGCGGCCAGCAGUGGGAGCAAUCGAGCUCCCAGAGCUUCUAUCAGGCCGUGCCUUGGUCUACUCACCACCAAUACUUCCCCUUCCGCUCUGCCUGUCAUCCCUCCAUCUACAUCUCACCCAACCCUGCGUUUUUCCACAGAUCUCUCUCUACCCUCGCCCCCCAGUUGGCUACGCCUGGUUGCGGCCAGCAGUGGGAGCAAUCGAGCUCUCUCAGAGCUUCUAUCAGGCCGUGCCGCUGUCGGCCCGCAAGCAGACGGACAAGGGGGGCAGUGCGGAGGGCAUUGCUGCUCUGCUGCAGCUGCCGCACGUGGACGAGGGGGUGGUGAAGAAGCUUACUAGAAAGGAGGGCAUUGCUGCGCUGCUGCAGCUGCCGCAUGUGGACGAGGAGGUGGUGAAGAAACCCAUGAGCAAGAAGCUGAAGAAUUUCCAGGAGCUCAGGGAAAUGACAGAGGAGGCCCGCACCGAACUGCUCACCACAGUGGGAGGACUCAGCACAUCAGAAGCGAGCGACGUGGAGGUGCUGGGCGCAGACGACGGCAUUCAGGAGGGGGACGUCGUCACCCUCCGCAUCUGGCUCACCCUCCCGCCGCGGCAACGGGCAUGUAGUCUCCCACCCCACAUGCCGCACUUUCCCUACCGAAAAGACGAGGCCUUCUGGCUGAUGCUGGCCGACCAAGCCGGGAACUCCGUCUGGCUCUCCCAGCGGGUGACUUUUCUGGAUGAGACCGCGGCGAUUCGGGCGGCGGCGGAUUAUACGAGAGAGACGGUGGAAGCGGAGGGGUUUGAUGAUGCGGAGGUGGCGAGGGAGGUGAAGGAGGCAGUUGAGAGGGUGAAGGGCGGCGCGCGGCUGGUGAUUGGGAAGUUUCAGGCGCCGGCUGAAGGGGUGUAUGCGCUGACUGUCAUGGUGAUGAGCGACGUUUGGAUUGGGUGUGACAAGAAGGUUCCUCUCAAGAUCAAGGUGCGUGUAUUUUCGAAACCUUUAAACCUAACCAUGGGAUGGGAUGGUGUGGCGCUGCUGGUGAUUGGGAAGUUUCAGUCGCCGGCUGAAGGGGUGUAUGGGCUGACUGUCAUGGUGAUGAGCGACGUUUGGAUCAGGUGUGACAAGAAGGUUCCUCUCAAGGUCAAGGUGCGUGUAUUUUCGAAACCUUUAAACCUAACCAUGGGAUGGGAUGGUGUGGCGCUGCUGGUGAUUGGGAAGUUUUAG